CUGUUCCCAACCACCAAGCAUCUCUGAAAGCGUUGUUUGACCCAUUGUAACUAUCUCAUGAUCUUCCCCUAGCAUAUACCCAACUACCCAACAACCAUGGACCACGCAGACCCCUUCCUUCAAGUCCAAGCCGACGUCCUCUCAACCCUCCAAUCCACACGACCUCUCUUCUCCUCCUAUCUCCGCAUUCGUUCCCUCGCCAAAUCACCCAAUAACCCAGAGCUCCAACAAGCGCGCUCCGAGCUCGAGACAACCCUCACCGAUCUUACCGCGGACCUCGACGAUCUAGUCGAGAGUGUGCGUGCAAUCGAGCAAGAUCCAUAUCGAUUCGGUCUAGAACUGGAAGAAGUCCAGCGCCGACGAAUUCUCGUUAAUGAUGUCGGUGCCGAGGUCGAGAAGAUGAGGGAGGAGUUGCAGAGGACAGUUACAGCUUCGAGUGGUGGGAAGGGCACGACUGGUGCGCUGCCGAACCCGGCUGACUUUGAUAAUGUCUUGUCGCCGUCGGCGGAGGAUCAGGGAGAUGAUUACUAUGCCGCGAUGGAGCAGCAACGACAGAUGGAGUUGAUGCACGAGCAAGAUGAGCAGUUGGAUGGGGUGUUCCGCACUGUGGGGAACCUGCGGCAGCAGGCUGAUGAUAUGGGGAGGGAGUUGGAGGAACAGGGGGUCAUGAUAGAUGAGGUGGAUACGUUGGCCGACCGAGUGGGCGGCAAGUUACAGAAUGGCAUGUCGAGGCUGAAAUACAUCAUACGGAAGAAUGAGGAUACAAUGUCGUCCUUUUGCAUUGCCGUCCUCAUAUUCGUUUUGGUCCUCCUCCUCAUCCUGCUCAUUGUUCUUUAAGACAUGGAAACAUAUGGUUACAACUGCGUUAUUCAAGACAAGACACGGUGAUAUCUUUAGACCUUGGUCUUCUUGCGGGGACGGUCGUUCUCGUCCUCCUCCUCGUCUCCUGAGAAAUCAAGCUCGCUGUCGUCAAAGUCGACCUCCUCGAUGGCCUGAUCCGUGACUGGAAGGAGGUCAGCUUGGAUUUCUUACGGGAUAUGGAAAUCACUCACCAUAGUACUUCAGGGCGUUGGGCCAGAGGUCCUCAGCGAUCGCAAUAGCGAGCUCCUCACCACCAGGGAAGACCUCAAUGUCAUCGAACUCAUCCUCAAUGUCGUCAUCCUCGUCAUCAUCCUCCUCAUCAU